AUGGAAGGUUUUCCAGCGACUCGACAGAUUGAGAAAGAUAAAGAUCGUUGUGAUGUUCUAUUCAAGGUUGGAUCUGAUGAAUCCUGGCUCAUAAGAAUCUGUGAAAUUGCGGCUCCAUUUGAAAAACUUGGUGAUUUAUUGCAUGUUGCCACAUUAUUGCAACUUGAUGAAGUUUGUAGCGGAAUCGUGGAACUUCUUGAAACAAAUCUGAGUCCAGAAUCAAUAAAGAUCCAACUUAUAAUUAUGAGAAGGAAAAGUCUCAGUCUAUGCCAUGUUAUUGGAACGGCUCAAAACAAUGAAUCUGACAGUGAUAAAUCAAAAUUCCACAGUACAGCCCAGGUUGACAUUUUCAGUUGUCGAAAAAGGAAAGUGGAGAUCAGUUUGAGGUUUGUCAAUUGUCAGACAUUUUUCCUCACAACUCUUGAUGUUUCAAGAAAACAAGUUAGAACAGCAUUAUCAAAAGAAUUUAUUGGAAGUGUUGAAAAUGAUAUGCGUGGUAUAACUGUACCCCAUAACAGAUUUGAUCCAAAAAAAGGGAAAAGUGAUAUUACUGCUGUUGAACGGUAUGAUCCCAAUUCAAACAUAUGGACAAGCAAUAUAUCACAACCUAUUGAGGCACCUGGAUUAGCUGUUUUUCAAAACAAGAUUUAUUGUUUUGGUGGCUACUACUUUGGACAGUUUCUGAAUAUAGUCAAUCAACUUGAUGCUGAAGCUGAUGUUUGGAAGACAGUCGGUCAUAUGCAUGUUGCAAAGUCAUAUACUGCAGUUGUUACAGUUGGUGAAAGCAUUUAUAUUCUUGGUAGACUCGUUGAAGGCCUCGAAUCCAUCAAAGCAGUUUGGCGAUUUGAUCCAAUAAGCAAUAACUGGCAAUCUCUAAGUCCAAUGCUUACCAGCCGAUAUUCAUUCAAUGCUUUUGCAAUUCAGGGUUACAUUUAUGCAGUUGGAGGAUGGGACAGUAGUGAUAGUUUAGAAAAAUACAACAUUGCAGAAGACAAAUGGGAGCUCAUUGAGACACCAGAAAGAAUGGAAUUGGACGUUAUGAAUUCAGUGAAAAUCAAAUUAAAAAAGUAA